CUUAUUCCAAUUGGCACAGGAAGACCAGCAGAGCCGCUGUGUCUGCACUCGGAUCCUCGGUUCGGUGUUUCACGUUUUACACUCGAUCAGGGGUUGCUCCUAAUGCAUCCCUAUACUAAAUACGACAUUAUUUAUGUUUAAUCAUGUAGAUACAUAUGGCGAUCAGAGUCAAUGAGAAGACUCCGUUCAUGUUUGCAGUCAAGUGUUGACAUUGUGAACAGCAUUGACAUAGGACGAUAUUUGUGUGGUUAUAAAUGUUUUGCUACCCGGUUAAGCCCGCUUGAACAUUGUUAUAUAUUGGUCAGGUUAAGGACGGUCAAGUCAUACUGGCAUAUCUUCAAAGGUAGCUUCACACAGCCUCCAGAGAGAGACUAUGGGCCGGCUGGACGAGGCUGCCAAGCUGAAAGUGGUGGAGUUGCGGAAGGCGGGCUUGAGUUUCCGUAAAAUAAAAGCGGUGCUUGAGCUGGAGAACAUCAAGGUGUCUGCCCAGGCCAUCUACUUGUACCUGAGGGAGUUCCAAGGCAGGCCAGCUGGAAGAGGACGAGCCGGGGGGUCUGGGAGCAGCGUGGCACUGGAGACACCUCAAGGACCGGCCAGGCCCAAACCUUGGAACAAUUCUCAGCUGCAGAACCUACUACGGGAAGCCUCUCAUCAGGCCAACUGUAUCGUAGCCUUGGAAUUCGCCAAGAAAACCACGGCGGGUUCCGAGGCGAGGCCAAACUCCUCUGGGUCGAGUGACGCCGGGGUCGGGGGGCGGUCCGAGCAGCCGGCCGAGGGGAACCGGGAGGAGGCUGAUAUCCAGAUUGUCAGCGUCACCUCCCUAGCCCAGAACAGCCAGCCGAGGCCGCUCCAGUCCCCUAUGGCGCGGGCGGCUGCGGGGGCACAUUCCACGACGGUGGCGACAUCACUGGCCGCACUGCGAAGGAGAGUCUCGCCCUCGCCAGCGGCCACAAAUCCUAUCCUAGCAGCCCGUAAAAGACUCCUGGACAAAGCCCUGUCACACAGGGCAAAGCAGUCCUUCCAACCGAUGGGACCACCGUCGCGGAGAUACCAGCCCAGCGUCGCCGGGGAGGAUUUGAGGCGUGUGAUGGCCAGAGAUCUUGAAAAGUAUAGCAAUGAUAACACUUUUAUGACGGGGCAGCCCGGAGGAACCAAUGACCCAAGGAGGGGUGUCCCACAACGGCCCGCCCUGUCAAUUCGUUCCCCUCAACCACCACCAAGAGUUGGCGUUCGACCCCCGGCCCUUCUGACGUCCCCGGCCUCCAGGACCCCACAAAUACGUCUUCACGCCCCCGGGGGUCCGUCCAACGCCCGACGAGACGGGGGUAUCGGCCCAUCGGGGAGUAUCAGCCCCCAGCAGAAGGAGGCUCCGACGAGAAGUCUGGGUGGGGGUGGUGGGCCCGGUGCUGGGGGGGGGGGGGGCCUUCAGGACCAGGUGCAGCUCCUGGCCACCGAGGUGCGCGGCCUGGGCCUGGCGGUGAAGAUGUUGGUGGAGCAGCAGAGCCGUCUGGAGAGGGAGCAGACGCAGCAGACGCGAGUCCAGAGGCAGAUCCUGGGCGCACUCCAGGGCCUCGCCUCGAGCCUCGGCCCGUGUCGCGGUGUUCCCGCGCGGCCCGACAAAGCCCCCACGCCACCACCCGCCAUGCCCACGGCCCCGGCCGCCGCCGCUGCGUUCAGCGAGGACCCGUUCACCUACAGCCAGGGUGCAUACACGCCGUGCAACCAGGCGCAGUCCAGCUACAGCUCCAUGGAUGGUUUGGAGAUUGUGGAGGCCUUUAAACUGCCAGAACUAAGGAGCGCGGGCGUCAACGGGUUUCCCCCUUGUAGCAAUGCCGGGCCUUUGUCCCACUCCUACACCCAAGCACAGCCCUAUACCACCGCGUACACACAGCAACACAGUCAAGCGGCAAUGCCUUGCUACACUCAGUCCUUGGCCCAAACAUAUGUCCAGGCGAAUGCUCAGUCAUUCCGAGGCCUGGACGCAAAGGUUUCUGAAUUCCCCAGUGGUUGUUUGGAAGGGUCUCUACAGGACUGCAGUAUCCCUACAGAGCAGGUGAUGAAGUCCACCCAGUCUUCAAUGGAGGACCAACUCAAUAUUAUUAAAGUGGAAGAAACUUAGGGUUUGUUAGGCUUGAAGAACAGUUACUUUAUAUCUAACCCUACGCCUAAUCAUAGUACUUUUGUAGCUAAUAAAUCUUUUUAAAGGAAUAUAAUCCCAUUACUUACAGUACAAAGCGGAUAUAUUUCACAUUCCCAAUCUCAUGCAUUUCAAUGGAAAUAAUAAUUGGCCAUCAGUCUCAACGUCUGAUGCCACAUGCAUAUCAUAAGGUAUCCUUCAUUUUUUUCUAUUAGAAAGGGCUUGGAUGUCUCGGACACGACAGAUUUGAUUUGUUUUCACUGCGUACAUUGUUUGACUGAAAUGUUGGAUUGUUAUUGAACUUAAAAAAAGAAAAAGUAUUUUAACAUUAACAAUCCAAACAUUGAAAUGUCAGCAAACCUAUCUGUUUUAAAGUAAGGUAAAUAGGGUUGUGCUUUUAUCUGUAUUAAGUAACACUAACAGGUGAAAAAAUUAACAUAUCUGAUGCUUAUGUUGUUGCAAUUUUUACAUGGUAGACCUUUCAAAUAAUUGAUCUAUGUCUUUAUGAAGAUGAACUCUAUUCAUUGCAUAUUCCUUUUUAUACUUUUGUAUGCAAUAUUCUGAUAUAAAUCCAUUUCCUCGUAUAUGUUUGUAAUAUCUCCAUCCGUUCUUUCUUCAUAUAUUUAUAAGUUAGUAAUUUAUAUUGUUAGACUGCUAGUGAGUAUAUAAGGGGUAUCAAAUAGGUGAUAAGCUAUGGUUCCCAUACCGCAUACUAUAGUUAGUACAAAGUAAUGGGUCACAAGUGUUCAGGCUCCCAACCUCAGUUGAGGCGGAUGGGCACAAAACUGACCGGUUCAUCCAGUUCAUCUUCCAUCACCCCAAGUGGAGUGGUAAAAUCCCUGACCUUUGACCAGAAAGAAAAAAGCUGAUUUGUUUUGGCAAAACACCUACUACCAACACAAUGACCUUUCCAAAACGAUGAUAUAUGCUUUAAAUCAUCUAUAUUUAUAGGUUUAUGUAUUUAUAGGCUGGGUAGUCCACUGCACUAUCCUUGUAAGAGUGAAAGAUGACUUCCCCUUAUAAUUUACAUAAAGCUAUUCAUGAAGCGAAGAGGCCACCAGGUGCAUCCUGGGAACUAGAUGGAUGACUUGGGCAGGCAUGCUUCACUGACUAGGGUGACACUUUUAUUUACAUGCUUAUGUUAUGUGUAAUAUAAUAAAUAUUAAUGAUGACCGAAACAUUAAUUGAAUAAAGUGAUAUAUGGGAAUGGAAA